AUGAGACCCGCCUUCUUGCUUGCUGCUCUGGCGUCGAUUGGCGUCCAGGCGAAGACCGAGUCCGACUGGGCCAAAACCAUCUGGGACGAUGUCAAAGAAGCUGUCACCUGUGCCAGCUGCGAAGGUCUUUUGGGCACCCUCAAACUGGUGGCUGGCCUGGGUCAGGAGGCGUUGAUUCGGGUCGUCACGGACGUGUGCAUUAUCAGUGGCGUCGAAGAUGCCGACGUCUGUAAAGGACUUAUCGCCGCGCAAGGUCCGGCCGUGUACUACGUGCUCAAAGAGCUGCACGUCGGCUCGCAAACCUCCAAGACCUUCUGCGCGCACGUUGUCGGCCUCUGCGACUAUCCCCCCGUGCAACCCGACCACCUCGAGCUGCCGCCGGCGCCCUCCACGGCCACUCGGCCUCCUCCCAGCGGUCAGUCGCCCAUCCGCGUCGCCCACAUCAGCGACACGCACGUCGACCAUGCCUACCAGCCGGGCUCCAACGCCUUCUGCUCCAAGCCGCUUUGCUGCCGGUCCUGGACCGACGACGACGCCCCCGGUCACAACGCCGCGCCCUGCGGUCCCCUCGGUGACCCGCACGGCGACUCGCCCGCGCAGCUGGAGGCCAGCAUGAUGGCGGCCGUCGCAGCGCUGGACCCAGCAUUCACGCUCUACACGGGCGACGUGCCGGCCCACGACAUCUGGAUGGUCAACCAAUCCUCCGUGCUGCGCGACCUCAACUCCACCUACGACCGACUCGGCGGAUUGGGCCUCGUCUACGCCGCGCUGGGCAACCACGACGCCGCGCCGCUGAACCUCUUCCCUGCCACGGACAACGGCAUCCCAGCCUCGCACCGACCUCAAUGGGCCUACGACGCCCUGUCGGACGACUGGACGGCGCUCAUGGGCCCCAACUUCACCACCCCGAAGAAGACUCCCCAGGGCUCCUACUCCAUCCUCCACGGCGCCGAAAACAACAACAAGGACGCCGCCCCCCUGCGCAUCAUCUCCUACAACAGCGUCCUCUACUACAAGUACAACUUCUACGCCUACACGGACCCGAUGCCAGCCGACCCCGACGGCCUCCUCGCCUGGCUAAUCGACGAGCUGACGGCCGCCGAGUCCGCCGGCCAGCGCGUCUGGCUCGUAGCGCACAUUCCCCACGGCGGUCCCGACACACUACACGACUACUCCGCGGCGUUCGACCGGGUCGUGAACCGCUUCGCCGAUACCAUCGCCGCGCUGUUCUACGGCCACACCCACACCGACCUCUUCCAGGUUUCGUAUCGCGACUACGCCCCGGGCAAACGAACCGCCCAGUCAGCCUCGGCCAUCGGCUACAUCGCGCCGUCAUUGACGCCGACGUCCGGCCCGCCUGCGUUCCGGAUCUACGAGAUCGACCCCGUGACGUUCGCCGUGCUCGACUAUACAGUCUACAUCGCCGACCUGCCCACCUACGAAUCCACCUCCACAUCUCCCCACGACGAAUCCUCCCAAGCACCCGAACUCCACUGGAAAAAAUACUACUCCGCCAAAGAAACCUACGGCGCGGCACUCUCGCCCCCGAUCACAUCCGCCACAACGGAACUAACGCCGUCAUUCUGGCACAACGUCACAGAAGCCAUGGAGCGCGACGAGGCCGUAUUCCAGGGCUUCUGGGAGCGGACGACGCGCGGGUACAACGUGAGCGAAUGUACGGGGGCGUGCGCGCGGACGGAGAUCUGUGCGUUGCGGGGCGGGGAUGGACGGUAUAAUUGUCGGGUUGGGGGGUUGGGGAUGGACGAGUUGGCGAAGAGGGAGACGGAAGAGAGGGAUGGGAAGAUGAAAAGACCGGGUUGUGAGGAUGAUGGGUUGGGGAGGGUGUUGGGGGAGAUGCUGAGGAGGCCUGGCGUGGAGAGGUUGAUUCGGGAGAGGGCUGGGUUGGAAUGA